CGAUUGUAUUGAAACUCGCUUUACGGGGGGCUAUUACGUGAGAUCCCAAAAGCAUCCAUAUCUAGUAACAAAGUGGACUUUUUCUGCCAGCAUCGAACCACAUCGAAUUGCAACCCCAAUUGACUUAAGAGUCACUCCCCCGCCUUCCACACCUCCGCGAGUCCCGAAAACACCAACGGAUUCAACCCACGAUCCACGAACCCACGAUUCCCGAUACAAUAACAAACGAUACUCACAAUGGCUGCCUUCCCGCCCCCUCCGGUCAACACCAUUGACUGGUCCAACGUCGGCUUCAAGAUCCGCGAAGUCAACGGCCACAUCGAGUCCACCUACUCCGUCACAACCGGCAAAUGGACCCCCCUCAAGUUCGUCGCCGACCCCUUCAUGCGCAUCCACGGCAUGGCACCCGCCCUCAACUACGGCCAACAAGCCUACGAGGGCCUCAAGGCCUUCCGCGCCCCCGGCGACAAGCAAAUCAACAUCUUCCGCGCCGACAAGAACGCAAAACGUCUCCAGCACUCCGCCGACGUCGCCUCCAUGCCCCGCGUCCCCGAAGACCUCUUCAUCGCCGCCGUCAAGGCCGCAGUCUCCCUCAACGCAGGCUACGUCCCGCCCCACGAGACCGGCGCGGCCAUGUACAUCCGCCCCCAGCUCUACGGCUCCUCCGCCCAGCUGGGCCUCAGCCCGCCCGAGGAGUACGUUUUCGCCGUGUUUGUGAUCCCCACGGGCGUCUACCACGGCAGCCACCCUGUUAAUGCGCUGAUUCUCGACGACUUUGACCGUGCUGCGCCGAAUGGUACUGGACACGCCAAGGUGGGCGGAAACUACGCGCCCGUGCUGCGCUUCAGCGACCGCGCGAGGAGCGAGGGAUACGGCAUCACACUGCAUCUGGACAGUGUCAAGCACGAGGAGAUUGACGAGUUCAGCACCAGUGGUUUUAUUGGUGCCAAGAAGGAGGGCGACAAGAUUACCCUCGUCGUGCCGGAUUCCAAGUGUGUUAUCGACAGUGUGACGAGCGCCAGUAUCCAGGACAUUGCACGUAGCUUCGGCUGGGCGGUCGAGAAGCGAGUGAUCAAGUACAGCGAACUCCCCACCUUUUCCGAGGUCAUGGCAGCCGGCACGGCAGCGGCCCUGGUGCCCAUCCGCUCCAUCACGCGGCGCGUCGACGCUUCCUCCCCGCAGUCCCUCGCCGGCAGCUCGCAGGAGCGCGUCAGCAGCGCCAAGGCGGGCGAGGAGACGGUGACCUUCAUCCCCGAAAGCCAGGAGGAGGCGGGCGAUAUCUGCCUGAAGCUGCUGUCGACGCUGCAGGCUAUUCAGCUCGGUAAGCUCAAGGACGAGUUUGGGUGGAACUUUGUCGUCAGCGAGGCGGACGGCACGGCUGUUGUGGGAGAGGCCAAGACGAAUGGGUCUGCGCAGACUGUUGAUCAGAUGGAUUGAGAGUACUGCCCAUGAUGGGAUGUUUGAGUGCUCUGUCAUGUCUGUGUUACGACAUGGCCGUCGGCUGGACUUGUCUGGAGUGGCAUAGUUUCUGUGGCGUACGUAUGUUCGGGAAAGGCUUGAUUGGAGUGGAGCAAAUCAGUUAAAAGGCAAAAAAGCGUACAAUGAAAUAGAGCAAUGAUUGGAUCCAGGUAUACGGACUACGGACCACGCGUAGGAAUUGCGCAUCUUGACACGCCUGUUUGGCUUGGGCGGUGUACCAUGGUCUCGGCGCCAUGCGAAGUACGUAGGCAAGACAGGCUACCUGAGGCUCGACGGGCUACUCUGUUAGUGAACCCC